CGAUGAUUCGUUCGUCCUGCUUCAUGAUAUCUUCCUUGCUGAAACUAAAUUUUAUCAGCAAUACCUUGCCUUGUUUUUCCAGCAUAGUGUUACCAACAUUAGGUAUGUUCAAAUGGAAUAUCUAUCAAACAAAGAAUCUAUGUCUCUGAAUUCAUAUUCAAGCUCCACAUGAACAAAUGGUGAGGGCAAGAGAAACGUACUUUCGGUGUUCCAAGUUUAAAAGAUUUUAAACAGCCUGUUAUUUCUUUUUAUAACUUUGUUCUUUAAAUCAAUUUGGUUCUAAAGGGACGAAAAUAUUACCAACCUUGGCCACAUUUAUUUUGGAAUAGGCUAUCUAUUUUCAGCUUUGUUUUGAAAGCUAAACAUCUCAUCUACAGGCCUUUCCUCACAUUUUUCCAGGCCUAAUAAAAGCUUUUUGGAAUUUAUCUACUUUUCUGCAUUAUUUCAAACAAAUAUAACCAUGCUUUGAGCAUAUUGCAGUAAGGAAAGCUUGGGCCAAGGAGAGUCCAAUAAAUGUUUACGCUUUUCUGGGUUUCUAAACAAAGAAAAACUAAUUAUUUUCCCACAUUUGUAUCAAUACAACUUUUAUAACUUUGGAUUGUAAUAUACGCCCAGUGAAUUCUAACCCAUUUUAAUUUAGAAUUCAAUUUGUGGCGAGUUAAGCAUUCGUCAUAGAGCCUAGGAAUUCUUUUGACCUAUAUAUAGAACAAUUAAUUUGUUUAAAGUUUCUCUUUUUGUUGCUAAGCAAGAUUAAAUAAGAAACUUAAAAUUAACAAAGUGUUUUUAAGAAUUCAGUUACGUAGGGGGUAUCGAGGUAGACUAAUCGCUCAUAAUGCAAGACGGAGGAAGAUCCUUUAAAGAUUGUCAAUUCUUGGUUCCUGCCAGAUAAUAUUGGGUAGAAAAUGAUAAGGACAAGUCUUCUUUACAGUAUAUAGAUGAUUACUGUUAUCAAAAUAGCACUCAAUGUUGCCCUUGGUUUGAUGGAUGUCUUUUAUUUGUCUGAAACAAGAACACACCUUAGAUUGACUGAAAGGUCUCAAAAUGGUUUGAUGAAAAGAAACGAAGUUGAUUCCUAUAUCUGCCUCACUUUAGGUUGAAUAAAAUUUUUCUACAAAGAUACCAAUCGAUCUAAACUAAGUCCCUAUGCCACUUUCAAAACCGUUUUUUAAAUCAAGAAUGCAUGACUCAGUUUAUCAUUUUGCAUCAUUAAGGACUUCUUCGAAAAUUUCAAAGUUGAAUAUUUUGACGGUUUUCACUGCCAACAAGUUUUCAAAAAUCUGCGUGAAAAUGCAAGAAACAAGUUCAAUUUCCGGAUGGAUCUCUACCUUAUAUUUUCAGCAGGUCCUUGUCAUUAAGACGGUACACUAGGUGCGCAAAAGUAUUGCACCACCCACCAAAAAAUGGCUGCAUCGCUGCGAACUUUUUGUAGCAAAUCCAAAUUCAAAUAGCUAAAGCAAGUUAAAUAAAAGUUGUAAGAUGAUCGUUAAGGUGGGAAAUAAUGGGAAAUUUAUCUAGGUAUAGAUAUGAAAAUGAAAAAUGCAAAUAUAUCCUUUGUUUCUUCUUAUUUUUAAACAAUAUCGACAACCGCUGAGCAAUGAGCAAUGAUGAUAGGAGUACCUGUAAUAUAUUUGCAACAAAAACGGUUUUUCUUUGCACAAACCUGUAAGAUUUCAUUAAGGUGAACUUGGAAAUACUCACUUUUUGCUUGGUUGCCCAAAGCUGUUAAUUUUUCUGACUGUUAUUGUAGGAAUUCUCAAAAGUUUUGGUUUCACAUUUUUGGUACUGCAAAAGGCCUAAUUUUGGAUGCCAUUUUGUAACAUGUUGCAACAGAAUACAAUCGAUAAAACGUCUGUAGCCUUUAAAUCCAUCUCUUCCUGCUAAUUGCGAUGUUGUUUAGGGAACAAAUAUUACAGCAAUAUGUUCAAAACAGCAUUUCAUCUCCUCGUUGAAUGAGAAUACCAAAAUUUCUGCGAUAAACAGUCAUAAACAGUGACUCGCAAGUGCCCAAAAAGCCCUCAUUAAAAAACGGCUGUAAAAGUGUCACUUUUCGUUAAAUUCAAGGCCAAUAAUGAUAUUUUGGGAUCUCAAACGCCUAUUUGUGAUAUUGCCAAAGUUUACUUAAAUUUAUCAUGUGGCGUUUACAAGUAACCAAUUGUAAAAUUUUUUGACUAAAUUAAGCAAGUUUUACAAGGGUUUCAAAGCUUCGAGACUGUGCAAUGAGAAAUUAUCUUUUUUGAUAUUAAGAUAUAUUUUUUUCAACAUUAAAAUGAAAAGUAUUGCCAGUGGUUUAAAGUUUUGUUUGAUUGAGUUUUAAUCAUGGAAUAACGCUUAAUGGCUUCAAAAAAGUGGUUUGAAUUUUAAAAGGGCAUGUUGUUCACAACACUGACGCCAUUAUUCAUUCGUCGUGGUGGUGCAAUACUUUUGCUCACUUAGUGUAAAUCGCAGAAACGUGACCACGAAUAGACAGAGCUAGGCCAUUAUGAAUCGCCAUUUUGAACUUCAUUUUCGCGCCAAAAUGCAUGCUGCUAACGUCAGUUUUACCAAAAGCCCCAAUCUGCAAAGUUCUAAAGGAAUGAAAAAUUCAAAGCAUCGUUUGAGUCUGGAAAAGAUUAGAUCAUGUUUCAAAGUUCCGACUUGCUUAAACGCUACAUUGAACUCAACGACUUCCUUCAGGAUUUUUAUUGUUUAGUAGCCGACCAGACCGAAGAGGUGUGUAAGGCCGAAAUCGAAAAGAAACUGGAGACAGCAAUCACAAAGAUAAACAAAAUUGAAACUCAAGAGAACAACUGUAUCAGGACAGAAAUUCUUCAAGGAGUGUCUUUCCUAUUAUCAAAGAGCAAAAGCCUGCGUGCUUCUGAAGCAAAUUCGAUUUCAAACGAUAGAAAAAGAAAGCACAAGCCUGAUUUAGGGGAAGAUGCCCUUGGAAGACAAAAAGCUAUUGAAUCUACGAUAGUGCCACCUGGAAAAAUUGGUUUUAAUGAUGUCGCAGGGCUUCUAGAGGUGAAGAAACUUUUACGAGAAGCAAUAGUAAUGCCGUUGAAAUAUCCGCAUUUGUUUAAUGGCGCUAGAAAGCCAUGGCGAAAAAUAUUAUUGUUUGGCCCACCAGGGACCGGGAAAUCAAGAAUAGCCAGAGCCAUCUCAUCAGAAGUUGCUUCGACAUUUUAUUCUGUGUCUUGUUCUGAUCUUCUAUCAAGCUGGUUUGGAGAAACAGAAAAACUUAUCAAAGAUCUUUUCAAUAAUGCUAAAAUGAAGUCAGGGCGAUCCAUUAUAUUCAUUGACGAAAUUGACGGCCUUUGCAGGCGCAGGAAUUCAAAUGAGCAAGAGCAGACGCGAAGAAUCAAGACUGAGCUUCUUAAACAGAUGGAAAGCACGGACACCGAAGAAGAAUCAAAUGUUUUUAUUCUUGGAGCUACAAACUGUCCUUGGGAGCUAGAUUCUGCUUUUGUGCGACGAUUUCAGAAGAGAAUUUACAUCCCAUUACCAGACAAAUCUACACGGAAAGAGCUGUUCCAUAUUCACCUCAAGUCGGUUCCUUUUCAAAUCACAAAUCAAGAGUGGACAAAAUUAUUGGAACAAUCAGAGGGAUAUUCUGGAAGUGAUUUAUCAACUUGCGUAGCUGAUGCUAUUUUUGAGCCCUUGAGAGAGCUUGAGUCUUCAACAUUUUGGAAAUGGAAUCAAGAUGGGAAAACUGUAUCGCCAUGCAAACAACAUGAAGAGGGUGCUGUCAAAAUUCGAUUUGAAAAUAUUCCUCCUGAGCAAGUGACACCCAGAUCUGUUGAAUACAAAGAUCUCAAAUCUGCCCUAGAUAAAAAUACCAGAACAGUCAAUUUUGACGAGUUGCAUUGUUAUGUUAACUUUUCUACAUUUGGAAGAAAAGUUUAAAGCUAUAUAUAUAAAUGCUAGACUAUAAAUUUUCUUUCAUGGCAUAACAUAAGUGCUUGUGCAAAC